GAGGUGCGUAUUCCUAGCUCGUUCAAGCGUGCCGCUGCGCGUGAACCCUCGCUCGCUCGUGGCGCCUUACGCAUUCAACUAUCUGGAACAUGAAGCUUGACAUCAAAGUUGUAGCAAUACUAUCGGUUGCCCUAGCUUUUGCGAGCACGGUUGACGCAUGCGGGUUUGGCUCGGCGGGAAGAAGGCAGCUGCUGCAGGCUACGACAGCGGACUCGGGCAACUGCUCGCGAUCAUGGCUCGGAUACCAGUGCACUAAGCUGGUGUGCGGCCGCAUUCGCAUCCACUGGAGCCUGGGCGGGCCGCCGCCGCCAGGCCCCGGCUGCUCUUACGCGGCCGACUGGAGCACGUCCGGCCUGCCGGACGCCUCCUCGCCGCUCCUGCACAUGGCGCUGCAGACGGACGUGGGCGGCUACGUGGCGGUCAGCUGGCCCCGCACCCCCGGUGUCAUGGCGCCCGCGGACGCCGUGAUUGGCUUCGCCACGGGCGACGGCGGCGCGAACAUCCAGGCUUACAGCAUCUCGGGCUGGACGCCUGCCACUGUGCAACCCGACUCAUUGGUGUCGGUCACAAGUGCAGCUCUAGAGGCCAAUGCCUCCUCCCUCACCAUCUGCUUCACUCGCAACAUCUCCCAGGUGGGCAAGGCGGCAGGCAUCGCAAUCGACCCCGCCAGCCCGCACUACAUGAACUUUGUGGCUUCCUCGGCUGCCUUCAAUGCGCGCCACCUGCUGCGCCAAGACUACAAGUGCACAGCCCGCGUCGCCUUGGCGGCACCGCCGGGCGGCGCCGACGAUGGCGGCUGGCGGCCCACCAACACGAGCGCCGACGCAGAAGAAGCGGACGAGGAGGAAGCGAUUCAGGCGGAGCGGCUGACCUACAUGCGGCUACACGGCGCACUGCAGUUCACAGGCUGGAUGGUGCUGGUGCCGGCCGGCACACUGGCUGCGCGACAUCGGUGGGCCUUCGCGCCCCUGGCACUCACGGGGCUGUGGUUCCAGGUCCACCGAGCAGUGCAGAUGUUGGCGACGGUGCUGAUUGUGACGGGCUUUGUGCUGCCCUGGGCCAGCUUCGACAGCACGGACGCAGAAGCGGCUCAGGGCACGGGCCAUGACGACAGCAUUGAGGAUGACCCACUCCUGGAGAACCACGAGCGCCUGGCCAUCACCCUCAUCACUGGCCUGGGGCUGCAUGUCGUGCUGGCCGUGCUCAGGCCCGGUCCCGACGCACCGCGGAGGCGGAUCUGGAACCUGGUGCACUGGUGGACGGGCCGCGGGCUGGUGCUGCUGGCUGGGGUCAACAUCUGCCUCGGCAUCAGCCUAUGGCGCCGCGUGAGCGGCGGCAGCGGCUCAGAAUGGGUGGUGACGCUUAUACUGUUCGCCGUGUUGUGGCUAGGCCUGGCUGCCUGGCUGGAGUGGCGCGCGCCGCCUGGGCUGGGGCGGGAGACUGCACCGCCGCCGGUCGAUAACGGCAUUGCGGCUGGCCUCACAGCAGGCUUCGCAUCCUCGAGCAACCCCAGUACCGCAGGCAACGAGGUGAACAUGACGCGCCUGGCGGCUGGCUCGUUCGCACCAACGGUGGGGUAUAGUAAGCUAGCUGAGCCGGCGCCGGCGCCCUCGCAUGCGCACAGGUCAUGAGGUCGCCGGGCUGCUGGUUGAGCCUGGUUGGGCUUUUUGCGUGCGACGUGAGCGCAGCCUCUUGCGCUGUGAACCACUGAGUGGUGGAUGGCUUAGCCAAGAACUAUAGUUUGGGUAAUGUGUACAAGACGAAUAUGGAAUAUAGGGGGCGAGCGCUGGGUCUGUCUGGGCAGAACUGGCCGCGCGGGUCCGAGGAGGAGGUUGCGCGCAACGGUGUUGCCACCUGGGUGGUUGUUGCGCGCCUCAGGCGGUCGAGAGGCUCUGUUUUGUAGCAUUUAAAUGGUCA